ACCGGCAGGAUUAGGAGUUAGGACGAAAAUGCAGAUUGCAGUUAAGUCAUAUUUAUUUGUGCUAUACAUACUGAUUUUCAGCAGCAGUGUUCGAAUUAAAGAAAUGUGAAAUACAAGAGGAAAGUGACCUAGAUAAGAUGAUUGUGGUCCAUUGUUGUAACAAAGUAUUGUAGAGUAAGCAUAACUUGCUCAUGUAAAAAACGGGAAACCCUGCAAACAUCGUGUUCUGUGCACUUCUUAUAGUUUAUUUUCCAGCUCAGGCCUCUAGGGGGCACCAGAAGCCUCAGUCAGUGCUGCGCUAAGAAACUUCCCAGGGACAUCCCUUUCUCCUGUCCUUGUGUGUACUGCUGAUGAGAAGGAAGGACCACCCUCUAUGCCUGGCAGCUUGUCUUACCUUUUGCAGCAUCUCCUCUCACUGCCCUGCUGCUUCCUCACUCCGGAUUUACCUGUUGCCCACACAUCCUCUUCCAGCACCUCCAUCCGCAAAGGAUGAAAUGGGAAUUUCAUCUAUAUUUCUGGCUUAUAUGAAAACUGAUUGUCAGCUCUUAUAAGAAUGUAACUACAGAAUCUGGAGCCUGGUGCAAGAGACAAUGGGAGCCAAUAACUCGAGCAAAACCCCUGUGUGUGAUGAAAAUGAGGAAGUGAACUUUAAUCAUUUUGAAAUACUACGAGCCAUUGGGAAAGGCAGCUUUGGCAAGGUCUGCAUUGUCCAGAAAAAUGAUACUAAGAAAAUGUAUGCGAUGAAAUACAUGAACAAACAGAAAUGCGUGGAGCGCAAUGAAGUGAGGAAUGUGUUUAAAGAACUGCAGAUCAUGCAAGGUCUGGAACAUCCAUUUCUAGUCAACCUCUGGUAUUCAUUUCAAGAUGAAGAGGACAUGUUUAUGGUUGUAGAUCUCCUCCUUGGUGGUGACCUCAGAUAUCAUCUGCAGCAAAAUGUACGUUUCACUGAAGCUUCAGUAAAGAUCUUCAUCUGCGAGGUGGCCAUGGCGCUGGACUACUUGCAGAGCAGGAACAUCAUUCACCGAGACAUUAAGCCAGACAAUGUUCUGCUCGAUGAACAAGGGCACGUGCAUAUCACUGAUUUUAAUAUUGCCACUCUGGUCAAUCAAGGUACAAAGAUCACAACAGUUGCAGGAACAAAACCUUAUAUGGCUCCAGAAAUGUUCUACCCAAGAGAUCAAAUUUGUUAUUCUUUUGCUGUUGACUGGUGGUCCUUAGGAGUUACAGCAUAUGAACUUCUAAGAGGCAGGAGACCAUUCCACAUUCAUUCAAGCAGCGCAGCCACAGACAUAGUACAUGUGUUUCACACGGCAGCUGUCACAUACCCACCUGCCUGGUCCAUCGAGAUCGUUUCAUUACUGCACAAGUUGUUGGAUAGAAAUCCAGAGGAGCGGUUUUCAUGCCUGACAGACAUUCAGAAUUUCCCAGGUUUAUCAGAAGUUAACUGGGAUUGUGUCCUGCAGAAAAAACUGAUACCAGAAUUUACACCGACGAAAGGGCGGCUUAACUGUGACCCAACUUUUGAACUAGAAGAAAUGAUACUAGAAUCUAAACCUCUACACAAAAAAAAGAAGAGAUUAGCCAAGAGAGUAAAGGACAAUGGGAAAAGUCGUUCUGCACUGAAUGGCAACUUGCAAAAACAUUUGGAUACUGUGGAGAGAGAUUUCAUUGUUUUCAAUAGAGAAAAAAGCAGACGGGUCCUCAAAGAAACCCAAGAAAACGUGACGAUGGCCCAGACCAAAGAAGAGGAGGAUGGGAAGAACAACAACCUACAAUCCCUGUGAUCUGCGGCUCUGUAGCUUCUGUAACUGGAAGGAGAGUGAUGCCGUCACAAACAGCAUAAUGUGUAGCUCUGGACAAACUACGUUAUGGAGCAAUGGUGACUACUGACAUGACUUUGGCUUCUCAGAAUCAUAGUAAACUAUGAACUUUAUUUUUUUGUUUAAUGGGUUCUGCAAAAGAUAUUUUUUUCUUAGAAGACAAUCGACUUAAUGCAUUCUAUAGCAUUCAAGUACAAAUGAGCAUAAUGUUCCUUUUAUUUAUUUACUUUGCAACUGUAAUUAUUUUGCUGUAGGGCUGAAUUAUAAUGCAUUUUGCACAGAUUAAGAACUAUUUUAGACAAACCAUUUUUUAAGAGCACUAGGAAUAUUUUCUAGGCUUUUUUUUAUUUAUUGGUUUUACUUUUUAAAGGUCUGUAACAUGUACUGUAGCUAAAAUAUUUUGUUAUUUGUAAUGAUAGUUUUGCAUAGAAGUAGCAAAAAAUGAGAUUAAUAGCUUUAGCUCAAAGGUUGCUUCUGCCAUAGUGUCAGAAUCAAAUGACUGGAAAAUGUGGGGCUGGGGCAGAGUUGAAGGUAAGUCAGACAUAAUUGCUGCUACAUUGUGCACAUAGAACUGAAUGCAGAUCAUUUUGCAUAUACAGAGUCUUUAGACAGGAACCCCUAUCUGUAUACUUGGGUCAUCACUGUCCUCAUCAUUCCGGGUGCACUUGCACCAGCCUUACACCGUACUAGGUGCAUAAAUCUGUCUGAAAACAGGCAAAAUUAUCCAUACUCGCAACUCCGCAUAGCCUGCAAUUCCAUCAACACGCCUUCUCUGAGCUUGGCAUAAGUGACUAGAUUGUCAGCUUGUGAACAGGACCCUUCUACCACUUUGUCUGUUGUUACUUAGUCUUGUUUUAUUACAGUUUGUUCCCAAUUAUUAAGUGCCACAGAAUUUGCUGGCUGUGUAUAAAUAAAUGCUAUUACAUAAAUGUGAGAAUUCCCCAUUGUCCGCAGCUGCACACGCUGGAUCCCAUACUAUGCACAGUGCGAAAACACACGCGGCAAAUGGACUUCCAUUCAGGUCUGCAUCAGGCCCAUUGUGUUGUGUGUAGCUCCUAAUGGAAGAGUGGAGGUUUGAUAAAUGUUUCAUACAAUAUAAUAUAGCUGCUGUGCUCCAGCUCCUGGGCCAUCAGGGUCUUAGAGCCACCCCAUAAAAUAAAGCUAGGCAAACACAGCCAGAAAAGACCAAGACACAUGUUUAAAUGAAUAAUAAAAUCUAUUGCAAUCAGGUACAUUUAUUCUAAUUUAGGCAGGAAUUGGAAGAUAGUGAAAACAGUAGAAAGAAAAAAAGAAACCCAUUAAUAACCAUAGAUUAGAUCCAUAUUGGGCAACUGAUCAAGGGCUGCACAUUAUGUUUAACUCUGUAAUAAGUCAAAGCAAAACAUAUAAUCAAAGAAACACCAAUAUGUAAUAACAUUAAGGGGGGGUAUUCAAUUGUUUGAAAUGUCAGUUGGGUGUCUUUUUUCCCCCUGUCUAUUAGAUAGGAAAAAACAAUCUAAUAGACAGGGGGGAAAAAACACCCAACCGACUUUUCAAACAAUUGAAUUCCACCCUAAGGGCGGUAUCCUAUUAAAUGCUGUGAUUUACCACACAAUAACAACUGGCUUUUUAGCCCAAUACUAUCGUGCUAUCCAAUUACAGCCUGUUUUUAUCAUGUGGUAAAUGACCCUUUAUAAGGCGAUAACAUAUGGGAUCCAGGAUAAGUUCCCGACCCCAUAUGUUAUUUGGUGAAAAUGGGUCUCCUGGAGCUACUUAUCGGGGACUCAGGCACGCGAAGCAAAAUCCCAGAUAAGUGGCAGCUUACGGGGCUAAUUGGAUAGCCCCAGGAGAAUCCAUUAGCUGCGUUAAUUCACUAAUUGGAUAUUACCCUAAUACUGUAAUAGCAGUCAUUUGUCUUCUGAGUGACCAGAUUUUUCUCCAGCUUGUAUAAGUUAGGUGAAAGGCUAGGACAUGCCCAGUACAAAUCUGCAGAGAGGUUUCCAUUAGUCACCCUUUUGGGCAUGUUAUUUCAAUUUUCAGCUUGAUAGAAAAUGCCUAUCACAUGUGUAAGUGGAGCCUAAUAUAGCACACGGGUACAUACCUGCUCACUGUCCUGCUUUCGGUGUGUCAGUCACAAUGCUGGAAGAUUGCCUGUCACUUCUGCUCUGCAUAGUAGCCAUGGUGUGUGCAUGGCAGGCAAAUUGUGUUUACUGGGAGAGAAAUGGGAUGGGUGAAAGAAUGUUAGUAGUGUUGAGCACAGUGUAACCACACCGCUGGGAUUUGUGGUCACACCUGUUUUGUCACCCUUCCCCAACCAUAUGUGUUGUGAGCAGGAAUUACACAACUUCAAGUGCUGUAGGUCAUAAGUCCUCUGCUCCUGGAGGUGCUGUGUGACCUCCCUGAGUUGUGUGGGAGAGGUCACCCGUUGCAGGUGAGGUCACGUGAUGCGGGCAUUUAGGCAGGUCAUUCCCAAUUCUGGGGAACUCAGGAGAGCGGUGGAGGACAGGUUCCAGCAGCAAUGAUAGAGAGCUGCCACCACACUGCGGCAUGACCGCACACAUCUUUUUGGAAGGAGCACGUCCAUUCCACAAUUCAGAAUUGUUGAAUGUAGUUGGGUAUAGUUGUAUGCUGAAAGGUAUGUGUUUACAUUCUCAACUGGAGGGAACAAUGCAGAGAAUAAUAUUCGCUGGGGCUCUCACUUCAUAGAGCAGAGAAAAGAAUAGACCGAGUAUAAAGCAGAAUGAUGCUGGGGAGUGUAGGGUGAGUCUCUGGGGUCCCCUGAUGUCCAUUACUGCCUUAGGUAAACCCAUCUUUUCAGUUUCAGAUACAAGAGGGCUAUAAUGUAGCUCAGAGUUUCAUGAUGUCCUCUGCUAGGUGGUUAGUAGUCUGUCAGUUGUUAUUAUUAGCCUUUAUUAUGGCCCAUUUGGCCUUCAAUUUUUAAAUACGCUAUAGGUGUAUUCAAUCUAUGGGGUAAAAGGAAUGGGAAUUUAGAUGGCCAAAGGGCUCCAUCGUAGAUAUAUAUUUACAUUGACAGUAAAUAGUGUAAAAGUUAAUUACUUUUCUCAUUACAGUUUUAUCUUCCCUUCACUGCUCCUUUCAUAUCAUUAAGCUCAUUGUUGUUUGUUGAAGUAUAUUGAAUAAAAUCAAAGUUGAAUGCAAUUAUUCUAAUGUAGUAUUAAAAACAGUUAUAAUAAACUACCAAAGUGCACUAACUUAUCC